CUAUUCGCGAUCAUACAGAACACAACUGUGCGUGAAUCACAUAACACGUUGUCCUCUUGAUGAAGAAUGCGUUGCUUAGCAACAGCCUGACGCCUCGCGACCAAACAUGGCAGUCGAGGUUAGCUAAGAGGAGGACUGAUAAUGAGGUGAUGAAGACGUUUGCACGUGCUUUACGGUUUUAGACGUGAUUAAUUAAACUCGGAUGGUAAAAAUCGAGUGUGUUUAUAUGCAGACCUCUUGACUGAUCGUGUACAGAAGCGCGCGCUCGUACGCCAACUUUAGCUAGCUGCUUAGCUAUCUGUGCUAAUUUACUAUCUGCCGUUAUUUAUUAUUUAUCAUGUAUAUUUUUAUACAGUUCCAGCUCGUAUUGUGAAACACUUCGUUGGCUAUAUGAUGGCUGGAAUGUUAUUAUAGAGGUUAUACCUAUAGCUGUCUUCUCAUUUCAACACUGGGGAGAGUCUGAGCAUCGUCACCAUGAUUUUGUCUCGGAUGAAACCGGCAGUGGGUGGCGAGACCUCCGCCAGUUCCAGUGAGAAGAAAAGAAAAAACAAGACGAAGAAGACCCCAAAACUUGAGGAUUAUCUAAACCAAAGAGACUAUCUGGGAGCCCUGACUCUACUGGAGUUCCAGCGUAACGGCGGGGUGUCCGUGGACCAUGAAGAUCUAUGGAUCGUUUACUGUGCCUUUCAUCUGGGGGACCACAAGAGAUCGAUGGAGGAGUACAAGGCCAUGACUCUGAAACCAGAUUGUCCAGUGGAUGUGUGGGUGUAUCUGGGUUGUGCUCUCUUUUUUCUGGGACUUUAUAAAGAGGCUGAAGAGGCGGCACUGAAGGGAUCGAAGUGUCAGAUUCAGAAUCGCCUUCUCUUUCAUUUAGCUCAUAAGUUUAAUGAUGAAAAGAAGCUGAUGGGAUUUCAUCAGAAUCUGGAGGAUGUGACGGAGGAUCAACUGAGUCUGGCCUCCAUUCACUACAUGCGAUCCCACUAUCAAGAGGCCAUUGACAUCUAUAAGCGCAUCUUACUGCAGAACAGAGAACUUCUUGCCCUGAAUGUGUACGUCGCCCUGUGCUACUAUAAAAUGGAUUAUUAUGAUGUAUCUCAGGAGGUUUUGGCUGUGUAUCUACAGAGUAUUCCUGACUCCACCAUCGCCCUCAACCUUAAAGCCUGCAAUCACUUUAGACUCUAUAACGGCAAAGCUGCCGAGACGGAGUUGAAGAACCUGAUAGACAUCUCCUGCAGCUCGUUUCAGUUUGCCAAAGAGCUCAUCCAGCACAAUCUGGUGGUGUUUCGCGGUGGCGAGGGAGCGCUGCAGAUUCUGCCUCCUCUGAUCGAUGUCAUACCAGAGGCCAGACUCAAUCUGGUCAUUUACUAUCUCAGACAAGAUGACAUUCAGGAGGCCUACAAACUCAUCAAAGACCUCGAGCCCACCACACCUCAGGAGUACAUUCUGAAGGGGGUGGUGAAUGCAGCUUUGGGACAAGACAUCGGAUCGAGGGACCAUUUGAAAAUUGCCCAGCAGUUUUUCCAGUUGGUUGGCGGUUCAGCCAGUGAAUGCGACACAAUACCAGGCAGGCAGUGUAUGGCGUCUUGUUUCUUCCUGCUCAAACAGUUUGAAGAUGUUCUUAUCUAUCUCAACUCAGUCAAGAGUUAUUUCUACAAUGACGACACAUUUAACUUCGACUACGCUCAGGCCAAAGCAGCGCUGGGAAACUACAGAGAAGCUGAAGAGGUGUUCCUGUUAAUCCAGAACGAGAAGAUCAAGGGCGAUUAUGUGUACCUGAGCUGGUUGGCACGCUGCUACAUUAUGAAUCAGAAGGCGCGUCAGGCUUGGGAACUCUAUCUGAGGAUGGAAACCUCAUCAGACUCGUUCAGCAUCCUUCAGCUGAUCGCAAAUGACUGCUACAAGAUGGGACAGUUUUAUUAUGCAGCUAAAGCUUUUGAUGCUCUGGAGAGAUUGGAUCAAAACCCGGAGUACUGGGAGGGGAAACGGGGAGCAUGUGUGGGAAUCUUCCAGCUCAUUCUGGCCGGUAGAGAGUCCAGAGAAACGCUUAAGGAGGUUCUGCCAAUGUUGAAGAACAGUGGAAACCCACAGGUUGAGUACAUCAUCCGUAUUAUGAAGAAAUGGGCCAAAGACAACAGAGUGCUUCUCUGAUCGACCCCCAUCAGCCAACACACAAUUCUGCUUGAGGAAUACUUUGUCCCUUUUUGGAGCAUUUCUACUUUUGUCAAAAAAUACUAUAUUUUAGUUUUGUUUUGUGAGCUUGUUUGUCCAUUUACAAAAUGUGAGAAAUGCAACAUAUCAGAUGCAUCUUAUAAAUAAAAGACUUUCAACUUCU